UUGACCGCUGUAUUCUCCCUCCGCGCCCAGAAGUUCCCCAAUGCCGCCGCCGCCAUCCUCGGUCGCACCAGCCUGUCUCACUCCCAAGCCUGCAACCACAUCAUCUCCAUCCGCUCGACAGAUCGCCGCCCUCGUGCUUAACCACCCGUCGUCCACACUCACCACCGCGUCGGCGCGCUCCCUCUCGGCGUCCCUUCUCGCCGUCGCGCCCGCGCUCCCGACCCCCGUGGCCAACUCCGUCCUCAAGCUCCUCUGGCACCACGGGCCGCGGGCGCUCCUUUUCUUCCACGCGCUCCUCCACCUACCCGCCCGCGCUCACGCCGUCUCCCCCUGCACCAUCGACCUCGCGCUCGACCUCUCCGCGCGCCUCCGCCACCCUCGCCAGCUCACCAACUCCAUCCUCGCGCUCUUCCCGCGCCUCCGCUUGCCCUUCACCCCGCGCACAUUCCCCAUCCUCUUCGAGCGCUUCGCCGCGUCGCAACGCCGGCCCGACAUCGCCGUCCGCCUCUUCCUCUCGCUCCACCGCUCCCACCGCGUCGCGCAGGACCUCCCCCUGUUCAACUCCCUCCUUGACGCGCUCGGGAAGUCGCGCCAUGCCAGCAAGGCCGCUUCCUUGGUCCGCGCUCUCGAGCGGCGCUUCCCGCCGGACGUGGUGACGUACAACACCCUCGCUGACGGAUGGUGUCGUGUCAAGGACACGUCCCGCGCGCUCGACUUGCUGCGGCAGAUGGCCGAGUCUGGCAUUGCCCCCACGAAAACCACCUAUAAUGUCAUCCUCAAAGGCUUCUUCCGUGCUGGACAGUUACAGCACGCAUGGAACUUCUUCCUCCAGAUGAAGAAGAGGGGAAGUAAAGACGAGAACUGCAAGCCUGACGUUGUUUCGUACACUACCAUCAUCCAUGGGCUGGGUGUUGCUGGGCAGCUGGACAAAGCCCGCAAACUGUUCGAUGAAAUGUCUAAAGAAGGAUGCCCUCCGACAAUCGCUACUUACAAUGCGCUUAUUCAGGUUAUCUGUAAGAAGGGAAAUGUGGAGGAUGCAGUAACGGUGUUUGAUGAUAUGAUACGAAAGGAUUAUAUACCAAAUGUGGUAACCUACACUGUCUUAAUCCGAGGCCUCUGCCAUGUUGGGAAAAUUGACCGCGCUAUGAAGCUGAUGGAGAGGAUGAAGAAUGAAGGCUGCGAGCCUGUCGUCCAGACAUACAAUGUUCUUAUAAGGUAUUCAUUUGAGGAAGGGGAGAUGGAUAAGGCCUUGCAUUUGUUCGAGAGGAUGAGUAAAGGGGAGGAGUGCCUGCCCAACCAAGAUACAUAUAAUAUCGUAAUAAGCGCAAUGUUUGUGCGUAAGAGGGCCGAAGACAUGGCAAUUGCUGCAAGGAUGGUGAUGGAGAUGGUGGAGAGAGGUUACUUGCCUAGAAGGUUCAUGCUCAAUCGUGUACUGAAUGGAUUGAUGUUGACAGGGAAUCAACAGCUUUCUAGAGAUCUGUUGAGAAUGCAAGAGAAAUACAGACGCUUACGACGAGAAAUAAGAUUGUGAUUGCCAAUUGAGGUCUGCAUUGGUGUAAGCUUCUGAUGCUUCUCAACUUGGGGCUUGGGUACAGUCAUACAGAAGUGAGCUGCAACUCUCGAGUACCUGGCAGUUAAUACUCCUGCGGUACUAUGAUCAGCCCAUUCAACCUGAUGCCAUCAGAACAAGCACGGGGGGAGGGGGAGAGGGGGGACAGUCGCUACUUCUGUUCUUGCUUUAUAUCACCGGAACCAUUUCAGUCAAUGUUAAGAUAUAGAUGUCAAAUACAUCAGGCUCUUGGUAAUCAGUUUAUGCAUGGAAACAGCGGUUGUACUAAUAGCUGAAUACUUGCAACAAAAAUAGAGCAGACACUGACUUUUAGUUUGUGGUGUGUUGCAGGCUUGCAGCCUUGCAGGCAAGGACUGAGUCGUGCUAGAACUUCUGAUUUUUAGAAAGAGUUAUUUUGAUUUUCUAGGACACUGUGUGUGAUCUGUACUGUUGGUUUUUGCAAAUGGAUAGUUCCUCAUUCCUGGUGUGACUGUGUGAGCCAACAUUCUGCAAGACACCAUGAAGAAGGUAGAGGAUCUUUGUUCGAGAUAAAUGAACCACUUUUGGUGUUUUGUCCAUAUCUUUUCUUUGACGUCGAGUUUUCACUCAUAUUAUGUGGUAGUUGUUGCAAGUGGUAAUUUCUUUCUAAAACUAGUGUGAUAGCUUCUGUGUACUAAUAUUCUGGCUAUAAGGACAGGCACCAUUGAUUUGUGAGCUCUUUGGUUUCUUUAGAUGAGUCAGGGGCUUUCUCUGUUAUUCCUAAAAAAAACACCAUGACAAGAGAACAUCGAUGGUAUAGUUAGUAUCAA